UGACUGUGGGGUUGAUGAACCUAGUGGGGUGCUGGUUUGGGGCUAUGCCAUGCUGCCAUGGCGCCGGAGGACUCGCCGGGCAGUACAAGUUUGGUGGGAGGAGUGGCGGUUGUGUGGCACUACUUGGUGCAGCGAAGUUGGUUUUGGGGUUGGUUUUAGGUAGCUCUUUGGUGAAGGUUCUGAGCCAAUUUCCUGUUGGGGUGUUGGGGGUUCUCCUUUUGUUUGCUGGGAUUGAGCUAGCAAUGUGUUGUAGGGACAUGAACUCUAAAGAUGAGUCCUUUGUGAUGCUUCUGUGCACUGCUGUUUCCCUUGUGGGCUCCAGUGCAGCACUUGGCUUUGUUUGUGGGAUGGUUGCUCACUUGCUUCUUAUACUGAGAAAAUUGGAUAAAGGCAAAUCUUUUUCCACUGUGUGGAUGCAUAGAAACCCAUAG